AAGUCCAGCUCACUUCAACCUGAGAGACUGACUGAGAGCAGCUGUUCCCUCCGCAGCUCGUCUUCAUCACCCUCACCUCCAUCACCUCUUCUUCAUCUCGAUCUCCAUCCUCCUCCUCAGCUGUCCUGUCAUGGCUGCCUCCUCCAAGUCCUCCCAGACGGCGAAGAACGUGGUGCUCGCCCUGCUGGCGAUCUGGUCCAUCGUCUCGCUCAUCAUCAUCGUGGUGUGGGCGACGUCCCCGGACCUGAAGAGCUCGGCUCAGUGCCGCGCCGAGCUGCAGGAAGUGACGGAGAAGCUGGAGGGGGCCAAGGUGGUGUGGAACAAGAACAAGGUGGCUCUGGAGGAGCUGGUGGAGGCGGCGAGGGAGGAGCAGGCUCGCCAGAGAGCCCAGAUCCUGCUGCUGCUGGGACACCUCAACGCCACCAACGCCACGCUGGAGCAGUGCCGGCAGGAAAACGCCGUCCUGAACGGGAACAUCAGCGUCCUGCAGGAGACCAUCGAGCAGCUCCAGCAGACGGAGGCGAACCUCACCGCUCAGCUCAGCCUGCGGGAAGAUCACAUCGAGGCCCUGCAGGAGAACAUGACCCAGGCCGUCCAUCAGACCGAGUCCUGCUUGAGUCUGAAGGCUGCUGCUGAGAGUCAGAUGUUGGCUGCUCAGAGUCAGACCAAAGCCUGCGAGUCCAGGCAGCAGUACCUGCAGAAACAGCUUCUCAAGUGUAAAAAUGUGGACUCUGAAGCUCCUAAGCAGACGCAGCAGCAGGACGCCUCCUCCGACCUCCCCUCCUCCGCAGCCUCGCCCCUCUCUGGCAUCCCUGCGCUGGCGCUGCUCGUCUGCAGCGCUCUGCAUCUGAUAACCUGAGGUCAGCGAGGCGCCGACCUGUCGAACGACGGCGAGCACUGCGGUCCAGGUCGGGGGCGGAGCCUGGACGGACUAAAUGACUGCUGUACAAACUUCCUGUCUAGGCGACAGAUCGCCAUGGAGAUGCUGACGUGUCACGCUGCCGUAGGAUGAAUGAUUGGACACAAACUUUGCUUUAACUCGAACAGCUGAGACGUUUACUGACUGAUCUAAAGACUCUGCUGCUUCACCACUGUUUCCUUUUUUAAAGCUUUACAGAGAUCAACGAGCGUCGCGAAGCCAGCUGUUGUUUUGCUUUCUCACAUUUCAGCCUGUUCAAUAUUCUUUUUUUCAAAUCCAUCCAUCAGUUUUUAGAUUCAUUUCCUUUCUAUCAGCCGUCGCUUUCAGUUUAUUUUCGUGAAAAUCAACCUGCAGAGACUGAAACGUCCUGAAGCAGCUUCACGCUGACAACGCGCCAUCAUGGUGCGUUCAGGGACAUUUGUGAAAAAGAAACAAAUAUCCAUUUUACAAAGCGUGUUUUUCCUUAUAGAGCUGCAGCUAACGAUUAUUAUCGAUUAAUCUUCUGCUUGUAUUCUCGAUUCAUUGAUUAAGCGUUUCGUCUAUAAAAUGUCAGAAAAUUCGUAAUAAUUUCAUACAGUCCCAAACAGUCAUGGAUGACAAAGAAAAACAGCAACUAUUUGGCAUUCUUGCUAAAGAAAGGACUAAAACAAUUAUUCGAUUAUCAAAAUAGUUUCAGAUUUUAUGUUUUUGUUUGUUAGUUUGUUUUUCAUCUCGAUCCUCUAACGUGAGCCCACGAGCGUUGCAUUCGCUGACUCUUUCCUCUUUGGUUGAACGUGAAGCACAGAAACGUUUUCUGUCACUCAGUGCAACGUCUUUCUAGCGGCUGCAUGUCGCCGGAAAUCAGUGGACUCGCGUCCAGGUAACUUCGAUCCUGACAGCGCUGAGCUCUGAGCGGACGGAGAGCCGCAGAGUCCAAACUGGAGGAAGCUCGCUCAUCAGCUGCGUCACCGUCCAGUUUAAUAGAAACCGGUUGACGCACAGUUAGAGACAGGAGGACGUCGUGCUGAUGCAGCUGUGGACGCUUAUCGUCUAAGAUGUUGUAACUGACGAAUGCUAGCAUGUUAGCUGUUAGCUCUCCAGUAGCGAUGCUACGCUCGAAGUCAACGCAGCAUCGACCUUUCGGAGCAGACGUACGUUUGGAUGCUUCAUCACGCUAAUAAUCCGCGACCGCCGAGGCCUCGUAACGCGUCGCCCUCGGGUCAGAGGAGUCGCAGGUUUCAAACACGCGUUCUUUAAUCUGCCUCAGUAUUUAAAAACAGCUGCAGUUGAAAAGUGAUCAGUUUUUAUAAUACAAGACUUAUUGACCAAAAUAACAACGUAUGCGUUCUGGUUCAGUCUCAGACCUCCGCCGGUCUGUAACCAGUCAGGAAUCUUUAUCAGCAUCUUGUCUUGUAAGGCCGACGCCUCUCAGCUGAUACCGUUUACCUUUAACAACAGCAGCAGACAUGAUGUGGACUGUGGAAUAAAAUCAAUCUAUAAACUGAUGGAUGAUUUGGGAAAUGAUCAGCAGGGAUAAAACGCGAAGCUCGACGCGACCUAUUUCAACUCAGAGGCCCCGUUUACACCUGACACUUAAAUCUGGUCUGGAUCUGGAUUACAGAGACAACAUGUGUCGGGAGGUGAAAGCCGUCUGAAUGUGAGGACAUCCCAGCAUGCACUGGGCUCAGUUAUUGAUUCUCCUCACAUGUUUUAACAUCAGGUUUCCUGAUCGGUAAAUCGGUAAACAACAUCAG